AUGAAUGUUCGCUGUUUGGCAGCUACAGGCGCUGCAACUCUCGGCGACAACUCGGACUUUCCAAACUGGCUCGAUUCAAACUUUUUUUGUGACAAUCAGUCCUCUGGCGAUCGCUGCUUGGCCUGGCUACCAGUCAACUACCGUCUACAUGCUUUUUACUACGCUUGGUAUGCAGCUCCUUAUAAAGCCAAUAUUUUAUCCACUUAUAACAACGACCCCAAUCGAUAUGCUGACAACCCUGAUUGUGGAAUUGGAAAAAAUGUCGACUUUCCUAGAGAGAAGAGUAAUAAUUCUUCAAGCGUUGUCCAGGCAACAAAUAGCUUCGAGUGCAUUGGUUAUCCUGUCAGAAUGGCUUUAAAACACGGCCCAGACUACCAACAUUGGGGUCACCCCCGGCUAAAUGACUGUAGAGAAGCCAAAGUGAAUUUGUCCUCACAAAAGACCCCACGUACCACCUGA